GAAAAAGACUGCUUUACGGCAGGCGUGUAUAUAUGGAGAGCUGUUGCUAGACGAAUAGCUAACUGCUCAGUGUUGUGGGCUCUUUUUCAUUUCCAAACCAAACGGAGUUAAGACUUAUAACCUGCACAAAUGGAUGUCGGAGAGCUCCUGAACUAUCAGCCUGAUAGAGGAGCAAAGCGUCCCAGGGAGGAGGAUGGAGGGUCAGCAGGAGCAGAGGAGGACUUGAGGGGAGGGAAGCAGCAGAAAGGACUGGCCAGGUAUCGGGAGGCAGCAGCAGGUGUAGGAAUAGAAACAGGAAUUGAUAUCAGAGAGAAUGAAGAGCUGACUGGGGACAAGAAGAAGAUCCUGGAGAGACUGAUGGACCAGGAUGAAGAAGAACUCGAGGCAGAGCCGGUCGAUGAGAGCUCAGUGAAGAAAAUGAUCUUGACCUUUGAAAAAAGGUCGUACAAAAACCAGGAACUGAGGAUUAAGUUUCCAGACAAUCCAGAGAAGUUCAUGGAGUCAGAGCUGGAUCUGAAUGACAUUAUCCAGGAAAUGCACGUGAUUGCCACGAUGCCAGAUCUGUACCACCUGCUGGUGGAGCUCAACGCUGUCCACUCACUGCUGGGUCUCCUUAGUCAUGAAAACACUGAUGUGGCCAUAGCUGUGGUGGACCUGCUGCAAGAGCUGACAGAUAUCGACACACUCCAUGAGAGUGAGGAGGGUGCUGAGGUGCUCAUAGAUGCUCUGUUGGAGGGUCAGGUGGUGGCCUUGCUGGUGCAGAACAUGGAGCGGCUGGAUGAGCAGGUGAAAGAAGAGGCUGAUGGCAUCUAUAACACACUGGCUAUCACAGAAAAUAUGGCUGAAUUCAGACCAGGCCUGUGCACCGAGGCAGCCCAGCAGGGACUUAUGCAGUGGCUGCUCAAGAGAAUCAAGGCAAAGAUGCCGUUUGAUGCUAACAAGCUGUACUGCAGUGAAAUUCUGGCCAUCUUGCUGCAAAACAAUGACAAUACCAGAGAGCUGCUGGGUGAGAUGGAUGGCAUUGACGUGUUACUGCAGCAACUAUCUGUGUUCAAACGCCACAACCCUUCGACAGCUGAAGAACAGGAAAUGAUGGAGAACUUGUUUGACGGUCUAUGUUCUUGUCUCAUGCUUCCCACCAAUCGGGACCGCUUUCUCAGAGGAGAAGGGCUUCAGCUAAUGAAUCUCAUGCUGAGAGAAAAGAAAAUGUCUCGAACCAGUGCUCUGAAGGUCCUGGACCAUGGGAUGAUUGGACCAGAGGGAGCAGAUAACUGCCACAAGUUUGUGGACAUCUUGGGCUUGAGAACCAUCUUUCCUCUUUUCAUGAAAACCCCCAAGAAAAUGAAGAAAACUGGUGCUUCAGAGAAAGAACAUGAAGAGCAUGUCUGCUCCAUCAUCGCUUCCAUGCUGAGAAAUCUCAAGUCCCAACAGAGAAGCAGACUCCUCAACAAGUUCACAGAGAACGACUGUGAGAAGGUUGAUCGAUUGAUGGAGUUGCAUUUUAAGUACCUGGAGGCUGUUCAACAGGCUGACAAGAGGAUCGAAGGGGAGAAACAUGAGAUGGUUCGUCAGGGGGAGAUCCUGGAUGACAGCAUGGAGGAUGAGUUCUACCUUCGCCGCCUGGACGCCGGACUAUUUGUCCUUCAGUUGAUCUGCUACAUUAUGGUGGAGAUCAGCAACUCGGGGAUCUCACAGCUGCAGCAGAGAGUCCAUCAGAUUCUCAACCUUAGAGGAGGCUCGGUCAAAGUGGUGCGCCACAUCAUGAGAGAGUACGCUGAGAGCAUUGGAGAUGGCAAGAGUGACGAGUUCAAAGAAGCCGAGCGGAAAAGGAUCAUGGACCUUGUUGACAAUUUCUAAUCUCGCUGUUGCUCUUUCUCUCUCUCUCACACACACACACACACACACACACACACACACACACACACACACACACACACACACACUCAAAUACAAAUGAUAUGUCCUUACACGUGGGACUGAUAAAGGCACAGAAGUACUGCUAAAGCUGAUUGGACUAAAAGCAAUCCUUCCUUAGUGACUUAUUUCUAUGCUUUUGUAAAAAUGUAGUAACACAUUGUACCUUAGAACUUUUACUUAGGGGAAAAGAAAGCUAAAUUCAGAUCUGAGAAACUGAUGAAAUAACUUUAAACUUUCAUUAUUUAAUUGUUAUUGGUCCAAUGAAAACGGUCUGUGUGCAUCAGGGAAAUGCUUGCUGUAGAAACAGAGGGAGCAGGAAAGUGUAUCUCGACAGAAGCCCACAGCCAACGUGAGAUGUUCUCGGAGCGACAGCGCUGUUUAUUUUCUGUUGUGUGGUGUUGAACACUGCAGGAUAAUUGUGGACACUUUGCAGAGAUCUGAAAACUCAAUAUCUCUCCCUCGGCUCCCCUACUUUACCUGCUCUGUUUGUUUUGGAUUUAGGUGUAUAAUAUUUUCUAAUAAAACAUUUGGUAAUAAAAUCCUGA